GUUCAGCUUGUGUCUUCUCCAGCGGCUCGACUGUCUCUUUCAGUGCACACAAGAAUCAUGGUGAUGACUGACUUCACACCUUUUGGCCACCACUGAGCUUCUCAUUACAUGAGCAGUGAAGAAGCAUGGAGGUCACCACGCUUUGUGCUGUUGUUGCUUCUCUGAGUAUUAUUCCCAACAGAUCCCAGUUCUUCCAGUAUGAGUCUGUCUCCAUGAGCUGUGGGCAGCAGGAAAACUCUUCUGAGUGGUGUGUUAAGAGGAACACAUCCUUACACAAAAACACAACAUGCACCUCAUCUUUGAAUGGAAUAAAGGAAUCUCAGUGCUUCAUCAGUGACCUUUACCCUUCAGAUCAUAGUGGAGUUUACUGGUGUGAGUCUGGAGCAGGAGAGUGCUUCGAUGCCAGCAGCAUCACAGUGGCAGCUGGUUCUGUGAUCCUGGAGAGUCCCGUUCAUCCUGUGAUGGAGGGAGAUACUGUGACUCUGCACUGCAGAAACAGGGUGACGUGCUCCAACAGUUUCAUCACUAACUUCUAUAAAAAUGAACGUCUCAUUGGGACCAGCUCUACAGGGAACAUGACCAUCCACAGAGUUUCUAAAUUAGAUCAAGGACUCUACAAGUGCAGCAUUCCUGAAGCUGGAGAAUCGCCGGACAGCCUGCUAUCUAUCCACCGACCUACUUUUACUAUCACAGCAGGACUUCCUGAGCCACCUCACCGUGUCCUGACUCACACUCUGCUUCCUGUGGUGUGCGUCUACCUCUCGUUGUUAUCAGCUCUCCUGCUCUGUCUUUUGGGAAGCAGCAAAGAUCAAAUCGACCCUGUGGUUGUGCUGUACACUGACGUCACCAACACACUGAAGUGCAAGAGAAAAGGUCGAGUACUGAAGAAGAGAAGGAGGUCUUCUUUAUUAUCUCCUGAGGUGUCCCUCAUGCUCCCCGGUCUGCACCUGGGCUCACUCAGCAAUCAGGCCCAGACAUGAUAAAAUCCAGGGUGUGCAGGACCUGCUGGAGAGACUGGUGAAAGGAGAGCCUCA